GAAAAAAAAAGUUAUGCGGUCAGAUUAGUGAUAUUCCUCGGUGCCGUAUGCACACGCCGACGUCUUUAAUCGGGCCGACCCGAGCUCGGUCUCCUCACUGCCGAGGUUGAGGGGUUGGGGUACAUAGAUAACUAUCUCUCAUCUUACCGCUAGAUUCGUUGGACCAUCUGGAUUCAUCAACUUGACACUGAUUCAUCACAAUGGCACCAGCUAAGAAUGUUGCUCUGGUAGUCGGUGCCUCGCGUGGCAUCGGCCGGCAAAUCGCCAUAGAUCUAGCUAAGAAUGGCUACGCUGUCGUCGUGGCCGCCAAAACCACCUCCAACGCAUACGAAACCGUUCCCUUCCCACCAAACCCGAAUUCCUCAGAAUCAACCAUCAGCACCGUCGAGCGCGAGAUCCGCGAAUCCGGCGGUGAAGCAUCCGCCCUCCCCGUGGACGUGCGAGACGUCGCUCAAGUCGAGAAUCUAGUACACGAAACAGUCCGUAUAUACGGGAAGCUGGAUGUCUUGGUCUACAAUUCGGGGGCGAUCUGGUGGUCGUCUGUUGAGAAGACGCCCGUCAAGCGGUUCCAGUUGAUGCAGAAGAUCAAUCCGGAGGGUUUAUAUGCUUGCGUGCAGGCUGCAUUGCCGGUCUUUGGAAGGAAUGGAUGGAAUGGGAGGGUGAUUGUUGUUUCACCGCCGAUUUAUUCAAGGUUCUUCCGGGGGAAGACGGCGUAUGCUAUGGGCAAGGUUGGAAUGAGCGUCUUGACGAAAGGUCUAGCGAUGGAUUUUGUCCGUGAGGGCCGAAAGGAAAUGGCUAUCACUAGCAUCUGGCCGGCAACGGCCAUCGAAUCAACCGCAACAGAAAUGGCAUCUUCCAAUGAAGAUAAAUCAAACCUCAGGCAGUCAACGAUCUUCUCCGACGCCAUUCUAGGCAUGCUAAACGCACCAGCAGAAUCCGUCAACGGUCUUCUUGAACUAGACGAAGAUUUCCUGCGCAAGUAUUACGGUGUAUCAAAUUUCUCCAAGUACUCUGUUAUCCCCGGGACCAGUCCACGAAGGAUCAUGCCCAAUGAGCUGCCAACGUUGACAGUAGCGGAACAGGAUGAUGAGGGAACUAGGCUUGAUAGUACUGCUUUGAGACAGGCAAAGUUGUAAUCUCGGAUUCUCCGUACAUUUUGGAUUUGUUAAUAUAAUGAGAGACUGUAUAUCAAUGACCACUUCUGUGGCUUUUUGUGCGAACAUUCAGAAGACACAAUAUGUCUUGAUGUCUUUAGAUAAGCAAAGAUGAUGUCAAAUAUGAAAGUCAAGAUACUGAAUAAGAUAAGGAUACUAGAU